AUGGUUAACAUAGAAAAAACCCUAAAAGUCUUGGAAGCUAGAGUUAAUGAAUUAGACCAGAGUAACAAAGGGUUACUUUUACAAUCCAAAAAUUUAGAAGAAAAGAUUAGAAAACGAGAAGAAGCCGAAAUCAAGCAUGAAACUAUUAAUAAUUUAGAAGAAAAGAUUAGAAAACAAGAAGAAGCCGAAAUUAAGCAUGAAACAAUUAAUAAUUUAGAAGAAAAGAUUAGUGAACGAGAAGAAGUAUCCAAAGAAAAGCGAGAAAUUAUUAAUGAAUUAGAAGAAAGGAUAUCAUCUCCAAUCUUUAAAUCUCAAUGCAUUAACAACUAUCCACUUAUUUCUUUUUAA